AUGGCUGCUCAGGCGGAUGAAGAGCUGAAAAAGCUCGACCUGAAAGGCCAGAAUGGUCAUGCCAAAGAAGCAGUAGGCGCAUCCGCAGAUGAUGCAGCAGACAAUGACGACUCGGACGACGAUGAAAAGGAAGAAGAGGGUGCUGGGGAGGGUGCUGGAUCUGGAGCUCACACGACCUCCCUCGGUAAUACAGCAGCGAAGAAAAAGAAGAAGCGCAAGCCCAAGAAGAAGAAGAAAGGAGGCGCCAAAAAACAGUCAUCGCCUCCUCGAGUUCCCAUAUCAGAACUGUUCCCCAAUAAUCAAUACCCAGAAGGAGAAAUUGUCGAGUAUAAAGAUGAGAACAACUACCGUACUACCAACGAAGAGAAAAGGUAUCUUGAUCGCAUGAACAACGAUUUCUUGCAGGAAUAUCGCCAAGGUGCCGAGGUCCACCGACAGGUUCGUCAAUAUGCGCAGCAGAAUAUCAAACCGGGCCAAACCUUGACCGAAAUCGCGGAGGGCAUUGAAGAUUCUGUUCGUGCUCUUACGGGUCACCAAGGUCUGGAAGAGGGGGACAACAUAAAAGGAGGAAUGGGCUUUCCAUGCGGUCUUAGUAUCAACCACUGUGCAGCCCAUUAUACGCCCAACGCUGGCAAUAAGAUGAUUCUGCAACAAGGCGACGUCAUGAAGAUUGAUUUCGGUUCGCAAAUCAAUGGACGAAUCGUUGACAGUGCCUUUACCAUGACUUUUGACCCCGUCUACGACAAUCUCUUGGCUGCAGUGAAGGAUGCAACCAACACCGGUAUCCGGGAAGCUGGUAUCGAUGUUCGGAUGAGUGAUAUUGGAGCGGCUAUCCAAGAGGCAAUGGAGAGUUAUGAGGUUGAAAUUAACGGAACUUCGUUCCCUGUUAAAUGUAUCCGUAACCUGAACGGACACAACAUCGAUCAGCACAUCAUUCACGGCGGCAAAAGCGUGCCUAUCGUGAAAGGCGGAGAUCAAACUAAAAUGGAGGAAGGCGAAGUCUUUGCUAUUGAGACUUUCGGAAGCACUGGAAAAGGUUACAUGGAAACCUCUCAUUAUGCCAAGGUCCCAGACGCUACGAAUGUGUCUCUUCGCCUGUCUUCUGCGAAAAAUCUUUUGAAUGUCAUCAACAAAAACUUUGGCACGUUGCCUUUCUGUCGUCGAUACCUCGAUCGUCUGGGUCAAGAAAAGUACCUUCUUGGAUUGAACAAUUUGGUCUCUGCCGGAAUUGUCCAGGACUAUCCCCCAUUGUGCGAUAUCAAGGGCUCAUACACUGCGCAAUUUGAACAUACCAUCGUUCUUCGACCGACUGUAAAGGAGGUCAUAAGUCGGGGGGAUGAUUAUUAA